GGAGGAUUGUGUUUAGCUUAUUGAUAAUUGUUCAAUAGGAUCAUUUAUAUAAAUUUAGACUUAAUAAAUUCAACUAAUAAACCCUUGGAUUUCAUAUUUAAGGAAUAUUCCUACUUAGUAAAUCUGUUUAAUGUGCAAUGAAGGAUACUACGUAUCAAGUGACUAGUAAUAAUGUUUUCCUUCUAUUUUUGAUAUGCUAUGUUACUCAAGCAAAAUUGAUUAAAUGAAUAAUUAAUUAUGCCUCUAAUGUUACGAUUAAUAUGUUUUUAAUUUUAAUUCAUAGUAGUGCUAAAAGUAGUUUUGCUAUAAUUAGCUAUAAAAUUGCCAUCAGUGCUAUUAUUACUAAGAUAAUACUGCUCUAUUAGGUUAAAUAUACUAAUGUACUUAAUGUGUAUAAGGAUAUAUGCCUACUAUUUAUGGUUGUAUCAAAUGCCCAUAAGGAUGUUCAUCUUGCUAUUAAGGAAACAAAGAAUAUAAUUUUACUAGCUAUUUAAUAUUUUCUAUGCCUUAAAUAAGCCUUUAGGAAAGACUCAAUUAUUAUAACAAUUAAUAAUUUAGAGAUUUAUGUAUUUCUUGUUAAGAAGGAUUCAUAUUUGAUUAUACCAAUUAAAUAUGUACUCAGUUGUUAUGUGGCAGUAAUUGUAGUACUUGUGUAAAUAAACAAUCUAAUCCUUUUUGUUUAGAAUGUGAUUUGCAAGGAAUUUAAAAUUAAAUUAAAGACAUUUUAUACUUUAUAAGUAUGCUUUAUUACUAAUAGCCAUCAAUACCUGAUAUAAAAUAAAUGAUUUCUUUUAAUUAAGAAAGAACAGACUGUGUUUUAUGCCCCAUAACAUGCUUAGCUUGCUAAAGAUAAAAUUAAUCUUUUUCCUCUCAGUACGACUUAUAUGAUGCUUAGUGUUUAAGCUGUAAAAGUAGUGAAGAAGCAAAGUUUGUAAAUUAGGGAUAUGAAAUAAGAUUUGAUAGAUAAAGAAUGAAAUGUCUUUAUUGCAAAUAAGAAGAUAACCUUUGUGUUUAUACUAAAUAAAGAACAAUAUACAUGUAUUGUGGUUCUUUAAAAGAUUAAAUAGGAAAAGGUACUAAAGCUUAACCUACUAACUAUAAUAGAUUAUUUGAAAUUGAUUUCGAUGAAUUAAUAGUAUCUGAUGAAUAUCAUUCUUAGUAAUAGGCUUAUGUGUGGUAUAAUGAAUUAUAAUUAAAGGAACUUUAUGUAAAAGUAAUAAUAAAUGACAGUUAGUGCUUAGAAAUUUAAUAGACUUAAUUUAAAACAAAAUUACAAAAUUAUAUAAAAUCUCUUGAGAUAAUAUCCUUAGAAAUAACUACAAAUUAGAUUUCUUAGAUUCCAACUUCAUAAUUAAUUCAAGUUUCAACAACAAAAUUUAGUGGAUUUAAUCAGGUUACAAUUUCUAACUUGUAAAUUUCUCUUAAUAUAAAUUCAAAAAAUUAAAACUAUGGAUUUAAUAUACAAAAUUAAAAUCUCAUAUCUGCUAAUUUUACAAAUGUAUAUUUUUUAAGACCUUCUGCAGACUAUUUAAUAAAUAGUAAAAACAUUCUUCAAAUAAACAUUUUCAAUUUAAACAAUACAUUGGUUCUAAAUAAUGUUUUAUUUUAUGGGUAAUACAUCUACAAUUCAUAGAUGUUUCAGGUGGUUUAUCUGGCUAAUACCAAUCUAAAUUUUUAUUUUGAAAAAUUAGUUCUCAAUUAGGUAAAUUAUUA